GACUGGAGAAGCACGUUUCAUCCACCGGCCUCGUUUCUCACCGUGAAGACCAAUAAAAACAGCAAACGUGUUGAGCAUUUGACUUUGAUAAUAGUUUAAGCUCAACACAUUUACAAAGCAAGAUGAUGUCUAAGAAGACCUCCCAUUGCUCUGCAUCGGAUCAGUCGGAGCGCGAUCAGCCUCCCAGCCAUUGUCAGGUGGACAGAUCAGCGAAUUCGGCACCGGGGUUUAAGAUCAAGACCGAGUCGGGUCAAAGAAACGGAGAGUCUUCGUCCCCAGAGAGCAUCAGCUUGAACGGAGAUGGAAAGCGCAGUGGUAAAAGCCGCCAGCGCCGCAAGAAACGCUCAUCCAAUUCUGCUAGUCGCCCUGAGGAGAAGGUCGCAAGUAACACCAAGGAGGGAGAGAAGUCAGACAGAAAGACCAGUCAGCCUUCAAACCCCCACUCUGGACUGAUCGGCCUCCAGUCUGAGUGCGCUAACAUCUGGUUUGAGCGCAGCAUGUACGAGCAAGCUGAGAGCCUCUACCAGUGCUGGCUGGCGAGCUCUUCAAAUGGGACCACCCAGUCAAAGCGUUCGACCCCGGUCCAACGAAAGAAAAACUCAAACUCUCCAUCCACCUCUGCUCCAUCUUCCUCAGGACUGUUGUGUCACCAUGGCGAUCAGAUGGCCUGCCACCAUGUCGUCCAGAACGUGUGGGUGAACAAAACAAGCUUUGACCAAGCGGAACAACGCUUUGUUGAAGGAACCGCACAGCCAUCCAUUCCCAACUCGCUGAACAUCCCUUCUCCACCCAACCGCUCCAUCACAACCAGAACACCUGAUGAAGGAUAUCAGUCUUUAGCCCCGACCCCUUCAACCCCUGUCGUCCAACAAGCAGUGGUGACGCCAACAAACAGGCAGUCAAUUAACGGACUUCCUCGCAUCCCCAUCGAGCUGCUGAGGGACGUCUGGCUGGAGAAACCGCUGUACGACCGCGCCGAAGCAGCCUUCUACCAGAAUCUGUACGGGAACAACUCCUCCAAACGUUCAAGCUCUGCAUCCACCUCCAGAAGUAGCGACCACCCUCAAAGCCUUGUAGAAGAAGAAGAAGAGGAAGAGGAGGAGCAGGAAGUUGUGGUGGUGGAGGAGAAGAGGGCGGUUAUGCAGGGGAAAGCCGAAGUGUUCCACGCUCUGCUCCCGAUUCAGGAAGAAGAGGAGCCAGCAGAGGUCUCAGAGAAAGAAGAGGAGUCGGGGGAAGGCGUUUGCCACUUCCUUCACCCAGACAGCGAGCGGGUGUGGCUGGAUAAGUGGCGCUAUGAUGCCGCAGAGAGUCGUUUCCACGGCUGCAAUGGAAGUGAGGCUGUGGGGGUGAAGAAAGGUCGGAGGCCGGAAGCAGCGUCCGUUGCCUCCAUCACCCCACUGAGGGACAACACCAUGACUUCUACCGACUUUCUGGCCCAAGAGAAGAUCUGGUUCGACAAACCUCGCUACGACGAGGCGGAGAGACGCUUCUAUGAGCAGGAUGCUGGAGCCAACAGCAUUCUGCAAGACAUUGCUCGAGCCCGGGAGAACAUCCAGAAAUCUCUAGCAGGACUGAAGUCCACACUGUGUAACAGAGGGUCUGGUCAACCUUCCCUGAGCCAACAGUCCCAGUUUCAGCAGCAGAGCAGCAGUGCAGCUGAUCAAGGAGAGCUGGUCUGUCGAAUUAAGAGCCUGGAGCUGGAGAAACACAGCUUACAAAAAGUGGUGGAAGACUUGAGGGCCGCUCUUUCCAAACUGGAGUGUCGGGUAUCUGUUCUGGAGAAUUCUCCUGCUGCGGUGACCUCAGCUCCCGCUCCUUCAGUCCCCUACACAAAUGGCACAGCCGUCCAGCAGAAGACCAGCGCGCCGGUUAAAAAGGUGGAGGAAGAAGAGGAUGAUGAUGACGAUAUUGACCUGUUUGGAAGCGAUGAAGACGAAGAGGCAGAGAAAAUCAAAGAGCAGCGGUUGAAAGAGUACGCCGAGAGAAAGGCCAAGAAGCCCAGCAUCAUCGCCAAGUCCUCCAUCUUACUUGACGUUAAACCUUGGGAUGAUGAAACCGACAUGGCAAAGCUGGAGGAAUGCGUGCGCUCCGUCAAAGCCGACGGCCUGUUAUGGGGAAUGUCCAAGCUGGUCCCGGUGGGUUACGGCAUCAAGAAGCUCCAGAUAGCGUGUGUGGUGGAGGACGACAAGGUGGGAACAGACAUCUUGGAGGAGGAAAUCACCAAGUUUGAAGACUAUAUCCAGAGUGUCGACGUAGCAGCUUUCAACAAAAUCUGAUUCCAUCACGUCUCUUUCUGUCUUUUUGUCAUGCCUUGUUUCUCUGCUGAUUGUGUUGACGGUUAAAAACAAUAAAAAUCCAACUCUUGCACUGAA